AUGGGCACAGAGAUCAGCCUGAUAAAAACACAUGCCAUCAUUAAAGAACGCAGACCCACAAUUUCGCCAAACUUUAACUUCUUGGGGCAGCUGCAGCUCUUCCAGGGAACGCUUUCUUUGAAGAAUAAUAACACAAACCUUCACUCUCAGCAGUCAGUCAAACCUUUGGAUAACUGCCUACAGCCCACCAAUGAAAAAAACAACAGCAGUUCCACUGUGGCACUGUUAACUAACCUGAACCUUCAGAACAACAUUGACAACAACUGUAUUAUUAAUGGAUGUACUGAGGAUUCCAAAGCAAAUGUGCACUGUGAGAACAAGUACAACCAAAUGGAAAAUAUUCAGAGCCGAGGCCAACGCUGUGAGGUGAUGAAGCCAGAGUUUACCUUAUCUCUUUCAGACAAGCUCGGAGCGCUCACUCUCCGCACCAAUCCCGUAGAGGUACAAAGACCAGUCAACAUCACAUCUCAAACACAGCAGGAUGCACCAAAGUCCAACCUACCUAAGCCUACUUGCCUUCAGAUUCCGUCUCUAGCGGAGAAACGCAAAAGCCUUACUCUUUCCCUAACACCAGUGAGUGCAGUUCCUCAGACUCACCAGAAGGGGUCAUCAGUGAACAGCUGUGAUCUGAGGCAGAGCAGUUCCGCCGUUGACCAGACGGGGGCGUUAGAUGACCUGUACAAAGUCGAUAUGGAGCCAUCAGCAUCAGAAUCCAGAACAGAACCAAAAGAGGCAAACGGGUUUAUCAGCCAGGAGGCUUCAGCUAAGCUCAGCUGCUCAAAAUCACAAAGAAGAAAGAAUAAACUAAACCGCAGUAACCCCAGAGCAAAUAUGAAGCAACAAAAAACAAACCAAGUGAGCCAUUCAAGCACAAGAUCACAGAGGCAGACCCAGGGACCAUGUGGUAUCGUAACCUACCCACAGGAGCUUUUCGUGAAUGAGGUUACUGGUGGUGUUGAAGCAGUGGAGGGUAUGGUUGGAGACCAGAGCCCCUUGUCUCCGGUAAGUCUAACAGUCAACAAAAUACUGGACUGGGGCGAACGCAUGCUGCUUGGGGUCCUACUUGGCCCACGUGUUAAACUGGGACAGGCUGCUUUGCCGUACAGAUGUUGAAGAGAGACUGGUUGUAUGAACUGCGCUAUUUAAAGAUACAGGUGUAAACAAGGACUGUACACUGUUGAUCUGAAGGAACUAAAAUGAAGAUGACGAUACUAUGGCUGAAAAAGCAUAUGUAUGAGUGUGUGAAUUCACUUAUUUAUUUAAUGAAAUUGCAUGUUCCUCCAAGACUAUUUGACAGACUCGCGUCAUCUGAUGGACUGGUGAUAUGUGAAUAAAUGACUGAACAUCUGCAAGAACAAGUGCGAUUUGUUCUAUUAUAAUGCACAGCUUGCCUGUGACUUUAUUUAUUGAAAUAUACUGAUAAUUUUUAUUUAUAAAGGGGUAUUUUGCAGGUGCAAUUUUAACACUAUAGCUUGUAUUGAAAACAGUG